UUUCUGGUUUACCAGCAAUACUAACAUACACAUUUGCAAUGAAUUAAUCUACUUUUUAGCAUAAGGAAUCUUAAAAGAUUUUUCUUUCUCAUUGGAUGGCACUAUCAUAAACAGAAUAGUAUUCAGAAUAGAAAGUUAAUAGUCCACAUGUCAAAUUCAUUUAUUUCUUAAUGGUGAUAUACAUUUCAUUUUUAUAGAAUAUUUUUAUUAAGUUACCAGAACUCUUUCCCUACAUAGAAAUUUCAUAUUUUUAAUUUAAAUCACAUAUAUCAGUUGAUACAGCUAUUAUAACUACUUAUAUUUUACGUAGAAGCCAUGUGUUUCCAUGUGAUAUCAUGCAUAGUUGUUAUAUGUUAAUGCUACUGCACAUGCAAGCCAUGGUGCCACAGGUGAAAUUAUGUAUCUCUUCACAACGAAUCUCCAACCAUCCGCAAGUACAAUGACACAGAAGUAAAGAACACUUCAAAAAAGGGAGUUUUUAGAGUUUUCCAUUGGAUUAUUGAAACUUGCAUAGCAAUAGUUCUGAAAUGACACAUCAAGCCAAUUGUAGCAACGCAGUCAUCUGCAAGGAGGAGGCUGUGAUUAUAAAAAGAAAGGUCCUCUUAACUGUAAAAGCCAUUGUAUAAAGCUCAUGUAUCUUCUGGUAUUAUUAACAAGAUAGUAAACAAGGAUUUGAAACUUAAAAAAAAGGAUCACAAGUUUCCAGCCACACUUCGAAAUCAAUAACUCUUUCCAGGAUGAAGUUGGUCAAAGAAAGUGGAAUCAUAACAAUUCCAUUCAGCCACAUCCAAUAUAUAUAUAUAUAAUAAAUUUACUGAUACAAUCCCAGUGGGCUUUUGAGACUUUGGUCCACUUAAAUGUGGUAUUGGAAGUUAAUGAUCACAUACAGUGGAAGGUCUGUGAAAGUUGGCAAAAAGGUAUGGUAGAAAUUUGGCCUUGCUGUCCUUCACAGAAUCUUGCUAAUUACAAUGGAAAUCAUGGCAUUAGUCAAAAGUACUCAAUCAAAUUAAGCAUAAAUUAUAACAAGAAGUAUUUUCAAGGAUAGUAGAGAACCUGGAACAUUGUUUUUUUAAAGUGUGAUAAACACUGAGUAAACAAAACCUAAGUGUUGCUAGGUUACAUCAACUGUGCAAACAUAUAAAAGCAUAGUAGACAAUGUCCUUACCUAAAAGCAGUUCAACAGUACCAAUAUCCCAAGCUACUACAGUGAAGAAACCAGUCGUUCUUAACUCUACUAUCUCACUAGUUCCAACGACACCUUCAGGUUUGACUCGUCCGAGUCACACGUCUACACAGGCCUCAAACAGUACGGUUAUCAAUUUAACUUUCACCAAUGUAACUCGUGACUUCAGAAGUGAGACACCAGGAAAUCCUCUUCAGAAACCAAUUAUUGUAACUGUCUCAGGUAUACCAGGAACACCUGGAACCAAAUCUCAGCCUGCUACAACUGUAGUCAGCGACUGUGGUUCCAAUAUACUAGAGAAACCAUCAACCAAAACUUUUAGUUUCAUCCCAAGCAAUUUGAGUGCUGCCUCUACUGGCCCUACAGUCACAAUGGCUGGAGCCACCAUCUCAAUACCUGUACAUAUCACCAAAACCUCACUCCCUUCAUCUAGUAGCAUUCCACCUCUUACCCCAACUUCAGGAAAUAUCAGUUGGCUAGCAGCUGGACCUUCAUUUCCCCAGCCCCCUCUAGCUGUUGUUAACUCCCUUCGUCCUUCUAUCAGCUCACCACAGCUUUUAGUUCCGUCUGCUUCACCGAACCGAAUGAUAGGCUCAGUAACAAUGUCCAAUGCAGCCACAAUUACACCUUGCUCUAUAUCAUCUGUAUCAUGCUUCUCAUCUCAACAUCCAAUGGGAACAAUCUCAAAAAUCAUUGGAACAACAGCAUCUUCAUGUUCAGUGCCAGUCAGUAAUGUAAAUCUUCCAGGCAAAGUUACACAUGGCCAUGCUGAAAUCACAGCUAACUCUAAACUAAACUCUGAGAUCCCAGUUACUACAGUUCCUAUGUUAGGGGACAGGAAAAGGCUGACUGAGAUAUUUCCUUCUUGUAUAAAACCUACAGAACCUCUGUUGACAACCAUCUCAUCAACAAAUACAUCAAAUCUUCCAGUGUUAGCUCCAAAAAACCUUGCAUCAGGUUUAACAGUGUUAACUCCACCAACUCUUGGUCUGCCAUGUGCAUCAGUAGCCCUUCCUCUUUUGCCCUCUGGAGUCUCUUCUGUACCUCUUCUUGCCUCUUUGGCUUCUGGUCCUCCAGGGACAGGUGGACUCAUUAAAGUUGUACAGAGUAUCCAACCUCCUAUUUCACUAGCAUGUGUUUCCGGUGUUGAGACUUCUGUUCCUCCUCUUCUCACAUUAUCUCCCCGUCCGCUUGAGUCUUCUGUUCAGUCCUCCAGUUCUGCAGCUCUACCUCUGUUGGUGUCUACCUCAUCAGUAGCAUCAUCUUUGACUUUAAACUCUGCCACAAAUUUAACUGUGGGAGCAUCAUCAGGUUUUUCAGCACCUGUUCUAACUCCUUUGUUACAUACAAAUCCAAGUAUUCAAAAUCAUUCAAGUAAUGGCUCUAAGACAGACCCUAAUAAUCCUGACUUUGAUCCUAUUGAAGCAAUGGAUUGGAAAGAUGGAAUAGCAACUCUUCCAGGCAGUAAUAUCAAGUUUAAACUUAAUGAGUUUGGGAUCCUUGAGAUGGUGACAGAAAAUGAUAACACAGGAAAUGAUGCACAAGUCACCUUGGAGGGCACUGAAGAUGAAAGCUUCCAAAUCAGCAGUGCAGCUGAAAUUUGGGAAAAAGAUAAAGAGAAAAAUGGCAUUUCUAUUACAGAUAAUAAGGAAAAAGAAUCUACUCAACAGUUGCCACCUGUCAACCACAAAGAAAAUUCUGAACAAUUUUCAUGUGAAGUAAAAAGUGAAAAAGAUUCUCAUUCUGUGAAUAUGGGCCAAACUAUAGAUACUGAGGGACAUUCUGAAGAUAUAUUUCAAUGCGAAAACUGUGGCUGUUAUGGAUUACUAAAUGAAUUCUAUAAAAAUGGAAAGUUUUGCAGUCAAGAAUGUGCCACAGUUUGGCAGAAAACGAAGAUUCGAAAACAAAAAAUGUCCAUUUUUCAUCGCAAGAAUAGAAAACGAUAUAUUCAACCACAAAAUAACCUGCCUGGUUAUGAGGAAGCUGAGCCUGAAGCUAAAGAAGUAAAAUUGUCUAAUUCCGAUAAAGAAGAUUCCAGUUCAAGGUCACUUUCUCCUGGAAGAAUUGCAAAAAAACUCAAGCCUUUCAGCUGGUCUGCGUACUUGGAUCAAGAAAAGGCUAAGGCUGUUCCAGCAAAAAUGUUUCGAGAUUUUCAGAGUUUUCCUCUCACAAAAAAUGGUUUUAAAGUUGGGAUGAAGUUGGAGGGAAUAGAUCCUCGUCACCCUUCAAUGUUCUGUGUUCUUACCAUCACUGAGGUAUGUGGUUUUCGGCUGAGAUUGCAUUUUGAUGGUUACUCAGACUGCUAUGACUUCUGGGUGAAUGCUGACUCACCAGAUAUAUUCCCAGUUGGAUGGUGUGAGAAAACAAGCCACAGGCUGCACCCUCCAAAAGGAUGGAACCUGAAAGACUUUGGUUGGAACCAGUAUCUGAGACUCAGUAAAGCUCAAGCUGCCCCAAAAAAUUUAUUCUCUUGUAAAAACUCUCAGCAAGUUACCCCACACGGAUUUCGCGUGGGAAUGAAAUUGGAAGCUGUGGACAAGAAAAACACAACUCUUGUGUGUGUAGCAACUGUGACUGAUGUGCUAGACACUCGGUUUCUGGUCCAUUUUGAUGGUUGGGAUGAUAUUUAUGAUUACUGGGCUGACCCAACUUCACCAUAUAUUCAUCCAAUCAACUGGUGUAGAGAUACAGGGCAUGUCUUAACACCUCCAAAUAACUGCAGUGAUCCUGAAAAUUUUACUUGGGAGCAGUACUUGACAGAAACAAAAUCGCAAUCUGUGCCCGCUCGAGCUUUCAAGCAACGACAAUCUCACAGUUUUAAAGUUAACUGGAAGUUAGAGGUGGUUGAUGGAAGGAAUCCCAUGUUGGUGAGGGUAGCAACAAUUGUCGAGACUUCAGCUCAUGCUGUUAAGAUACAUUUUGAUGGAUGGUCUGAUGCCUAUGACUACUGGAUGGAUGAUGAUUCUCCUGACCUCCACCCUGCUGGGUGGUGUUUUCGAACUGGUCAUCCCUUACAACCCCCCAUAGUAAGUGAAAACUUGAGUGCACCUGGUCAGGGAGGAUGUCCUACUCCAGGAUGUAGUGGUACUGGACAUGUCAAAGGUCCCAAGUAUACCACUCAUCACAGUGCCUUUGGCUGUCCAUACUCUCAGUUGAAUAUGAAUAAGUUUGACUCAGCCUUACCAGAUCGUCUCGGAAGUCGGCUAAAUGAUGGUGUUAUGGAAGUUGCAGUGCCAAUGAAAUAUAGUAAUUCAGGUGCUACUGAGGGUCUCAGAAGAUGCCCAACUCCUGGAUGUGAUGGUUCUGGUCACCUGAAUUCAAAAUAUUCAGUUCAUCACAGAGUGGCUGGAUGCCCUCUUGCAGAAAGAAAUGCAGCCAAAGAUUUGGAAGUUGAACUAAACACACCAAUGCAAUGUUCUGUCAUAAAACGAGGAGGAAGAGGUCGUAAAAAGCACAAUUUUAAAUCUAGAGAUAUGGACAGAAAACCAGAAGUACAUCAAGGAGACGAAGAAUCAAAGUCCAGUCAUUCCUCUCUUCAAGACUUUGUUCACCAGUCUGUGUUUGAUGCCCCACCUGUUCCAAUGCCUUCACAUGAAAUGCCUUUGCGAUGGGAGCAUCAUUCGCAGCUCUUACCAAACAUUCAAAAUAUUUCUCGAGAUACAGUAGCAAACUGGUCAAUAAGUGAAGUUGGUGACUUUGUAAAAUCACUGCCUGGCUGUGAGGAACAAGCCAAAGUUUUCAGAGAAGAACAAAUUGAUGGAGAAGCAUUUCUUCUUAUGAACCAAGUAGAUAUUGUGAAGAUCUUGAGUAUGAAGCUCGGACCAGCCAUCAAGAUUUACAACACUAUCCUAAUGUUAAGAAAUUCUACAGAGAGCUGAAAUUCAUGUUUUUUAUGUUGAAGUUAAUCAGAGCUCUUUAAACACUGUGAUUUCUUAGUACUCUUAUCUCUAGUUAUUGUAGCUCCCAAAUCAUGUAAUAUCAUGGAACUGAACUUCAACAGUUAACAAAUAUUUUGUGACAGUCAUAAGACCAGAGUAUAAUGACUUGCAGCUUUGGCAAAUAAAAGAUUAGAUUAUCAUAACUUGCUAUAAAAAGAUAUAAUUUAUUGGUACUGUAUCUAAUUAACAAAGAUUCUUAAACAAUUGAAGAUCAUCUGCUAGAAGUAAUGAUAACUGUAAUUUUAUGGUAUUGUAUCGAAUUAAACAAAGUUUAUAUUAAAAAUACUUCUAAAAUUAGAUAAAUCAUAACCUGCUAUAAGAAGCUAUAAUUUCAUGGUACUUACUAUGUAUACCUUUGUAACAGAGUUUCUUAGGCAGGUGUAAUAUCAGAGUAUCAUGAAUUGUCAGAAGUCAGGAUGGCUAUAAUUUUGUGGUACUUUACUUUGUUAACAAAGUUUCUUGAGUAAUUGUAAUAUCAGAGUACAAUGAAUUUCAUUGUAUUUCAUGAAUUUUAGCAUUAAGUACUAUUGUAAAUUGGAUUCUGUCAUUGCCUUUCACUUUCAUUUAAAGUAGAUUUAGUAAAGAAAGGAAACAGCUACAAUUAGACUGACAGAUUACAUUUACUAUACAUUAAUCUGUAGCACAUAGAACUUCUUGAACUGUAAUGUAGUUAUUUGUUGGUUACUUGUUUUUUAUCAUCCCCUAACCCUCCACUGCUUUGAACCCUUGUUGGUUAGAGCAUCAGGGAAUUACAGCACCAUAAUCUAUAAACAUUAAAGCUCCUUACUUUAUGUGUGAUCGUAACUCUGUACCGAGUUAAUUGUAUUAUUACAGUGUCACUUGUCUCCUUUAACAGCUAUAAAGUUAUUAUAUUGUUUCCUGUACAAGGGUUUUAUAGAAAGCAUGUUACAAUAUUUAGCAACUGAUCAAAAAUUGGAAAGUAUUAAACCAGUUGUGGAAUCAAAAACUGUCAGCCUUAAUAAUAUGGUACUUGUAAUGACGUAUAUGUUAAGCUUUCAUUGCAUAACUAGAUGGACUUAAGGGAGAAUUUUUGUUCUGACUUUCAUUGCACUAUUUAUAUAAUAUAUCUUCUUAUAGGCUGGUGGAGUCUAGUGUUAAUGAACAUGUAAUUCGGAUUUUCUCAUUCUGACUAUGUUGGAAACAUACUGAAAGCUGACUGUUUGACAGAUAGCUGAUCUACUAUAUGUGAAAUCUCGGCUCUAUAUAAAGGUUAAAAACCUUUCUUAUGGAAGAAUUAAAUAUUGUGAUUCACUGAUAUUCUGUGAAUCAGAAAAAAAUUGUAUAAUAUGAAAGUGUUAACAUAUAUGUCAGAUAUUAUGGUGGUUAUAGAAAUUAUGGGGUUUUUUAGGUACACACAAAAACGUAUUUAAUUAUUGAAUAAUGUAAAGGAAACCUUUAGUCCGAAAUAAAUAGAUUAAGGUAGGAUCAAAUCAGUAUUUUGUUUAAAACACGGGUCUUAGUUUUAUAAACUAAAAGUUUCUUAAAUUCUUAGUGUCCAUAUGGGCAGAAAAAGUUCAUUUCUAGAUUUUAGCUCCUGAAUAUGACUUGUAAGUGAAACUGAUUGUCAUUUGUACACAAUUUGUAUUUUGUGUGAACCAAUUCUUACAAUAACUUAGGUUGACAGAGAAAUUGUACUUGCUAAUUUUCAGGUGUUAUCCUACAGAAAAACUCUUAAAGAAAAUAAUUAGUGAAAGUGUGUGGCUUCUUGUUUUUAAGUAGGCAAGAUGGCCUUCUCUGACAUACUUCUAUUCUGUGAAACAUUUUGAGCUAAGAACUAUUGUAAUAUAGAGAAGAAAAUGCUGUGAGUGUUCUGUGUUUCUGAAAGCUUAUAUAUUUUUUUUGAAUGUUUGCAUUUGUUAGAAGAAGCUAUAGUAAUGCAUUGUGUAAUUGUUUAAUUCUUUUAGUUUUCGAACUGCUUUGAAAUAAGAAAAAGAACAACAUAUGAAAAGUGUUAGCUUGUUGAUGUGAAAAGUUUCUUAUCUAUAUAAUCAUUCAUGAUGAUUUUGUACUAGGUAUAUGUAACACUAGAUUGUGAGUACUUUAUAAGUACAUAAAACAUGUUUGUGAAUAUACUACAUUGUAAUAUGUUUUGACAUUGUAAUUCACAAACUCCUUUACUAUUUUUGUUCUUCUUGUUUCUACUUAUCCCUUUACUUCUUUAUAAUUUGUCUUUGUCAUACUAUUUGCUCAAGUUUUUUUUUCAGUCAUUCCAAAAAAACUUGAAAUAAAUGACUAUU